UCAAAGCGCACAAGCUUGUUCUGGCUGCAGCGAGUCCUUAUUUCAAGGCCAUGUUCACCAGCGGUCUGCGAGAGAGCUCCAUGAGCUCCAUCAAGCUGCAGGGCGUGUGCACCUACACCUUCAGCCGCCUGCUGCUGUUCGCCUACACCGGCGAGAUCACCGUCAACGAGCAGACGGUGUGCGCCCUGCUGCCAGCCGCCACCAUGUUCCAGAUGCAGCACGUGGUCGAGGUGUGCUGCAACUUCCUCAGGAACCAGCUGGAGCCGAGCAACGCUAUCGGCAUCGCCACCUUCGCCGAGCAGCACGGCUGCAUGGAGCUGCUACACACGGCCACGCAAUUCAUCGAGCAGCACUUCACUCAGAUCGUGCAAGAAGAGGAGUUCCUCAUGCUCAAUCCGACGCAGCUGAUCAAGCUGAUCCACCGAGACGAGCUGAACGUGUUCGAUGAGCGAGACGUGUACGCGGCUGUGGUCAAGUGGGUCAAGUACGACGAGAAGACGCGCCAGCCCAAGAUGGAGUGCAUCAUGCGCUCGGUGCGUUGCGAGCUGCUGCCGCCGCGCUAUCUGAAGGACCAGCUGGAGAACCAGCCGCUGCUGCAGGGCUCGGAAAACUGCCGCGAGUACCUCGCCAACAUCUUCAGAGGUGGGUACGGCUGCCGACGGCGGCACGCUCCGCUUUGGUCGCAGAACGCUCCGUUCGGGCGGUGGAACGCUCCGCUCGUGCCGCGGAACGCCCCUCUCGGACGGCAGAACGCUCCGUUCGGACGGAGUAAUGAUCCACUCAGACGACGGAACGCUCCCGCGCAGCUGGUGGGCGUGUCUUGA